AUGGUGACGGUAGUGCCGACAGAUCCGGCUUCCCCGAGUCGAUUCCGUGAUGCCUGCGAUGCAUUGCACGAUGGCACUGAGGCGGCGAGAAGGAUUUUCGGCUGGGCCUCGGGCGUGCCUGGGCGGCUUGUCGGGAAGGAAGCAGCAUGGCUCCUCGCAGAUGCCGCCAGAUUUGCCGUUGCAGACCUGCCGCCAGUGCUGCUCGGAAGAACUGCCGAUCUCUCGCGGGCGCUGCUCAGUGUCCGCAUGCGCGAAGUUGUACACGACCCCAAGAAAGCAGCAGCCUGCGCGACGCACAAAGCUCUUGAUCUGAUGGGAGGCGGCUUCGUGAAAAUGGCCCAGGUGGUCGCGCACAGCCCGGCGCUCUUCCCGGAACCGCUGGUGCGUGCUUGCCGUGGCAGCCUAGCCCAGGCUGUGACACCUCCGGCUCCAUUGAAGGACAUCGAGCAGAUUCUGAAGGAGGACUUGGGCCUCAAGAUUGGAGAUCUCUUUGAGGACUUUGAAGUGGAGCCAAUGGCUGCAGCAUCCAUUGCUCAGGUGCAUGCUGCCAGAUUGCGCUCCGGGGAGAGGUGUGUAGUGAAAGUCGUUCGUCCACGUGUCCGGGAACGACUGGCCGUGGACUUCGCAUGUGUCCAGUUGGCUGCACGUCUGGCAGAUUUGAUCCUCGGGGAGGAGGUGGUCCUUCAGCUGGUGAGCGCCUCGCUGGAAGGAUGUGUAGAGGAGCUGAGACGAGCGGUGAUGGCCGAGUGUGACCUUGCCGUGGAACGACAGAACAUCGAGGACUUUAGCCGGUGGCUGGAAACAUCAGCCACGCUUCGCAGAGCUCGUCUUGCCGACGCGGUGCGUGUCCCGAAGACCUACGAAGACGCUUCCUCGUCUCGCAUCCUGACCAUGGAGCGGAUUGAUGGUCUGCCCUUCUCCGAGCUCUAUGAGGGAGGUUCUCGGCGGAGUGAUUGUGGCGACUGGCAAGCGGCACUGACAUCUGCGCUGAGCGUGGCGGCGGUGUCUGUAAUCGACGGAUCGGCUCUCUUCCAUGCUGACCUGCACACCGGCAACAUGAUUGCGGUCAGAGGGCCUGGCGGAGAAUGUCGGGUGGCCUUCAUUGAUUUCGGCUGCUGCGGCCGACUUCCUGCACCGCUGCGAGGCACACUGCUGAUGCAAGCCUCAGCAUUUGCUGGAGGAAGGCCGGAUGUACGCCAGUUCUGCGAGGGCUUCGCGCACGCCUUGCAGCGAAUCCCGGAGCUUGGCCGCGAGGAGGACUUGGAUGUUGAUGCCCUCGCUACUGACAUGAAGCCUGUGCUAAAGCAGCUUCAGCUUCUUAACCCUUUCAGAGGAGGUGAUCCAAUGAGCCCCGAGCUACACAUAGAGCUCUUGCGGCUACAGCGGGUUCUUUGCCGACAUGGGGUACAGCUUCCACGUGAAUUCACUCUCUUGAUGAAGACUGGUUGCUUCGGUGCUUUGUAUUUCUCGCUUUUGGACGAUGCCAACAAGCGACAGCUCUUGUCAAAGCUCCUGGUGGCCGGAGCCGCUUUCGCUGCUUCCCAUCCCAAGGACGCCAGGCAGCUUCUGAAUCCAGCGAGGAUGGCGGUGCUGCUGUCGGCGCUUCGGAGCCAUGACAGGUCUUGCAAUCACAGCAGCGUUGCUGGCGCGGCAUCUGCAGCGACUCAGCAGAGGAUAGAUCACGGAUCCUUGGUGCAGCUCCUGCCUCGUGUCGCAGUGCAGAGAACGAGUUGUCUAGUCUUUGGCACUCAGCUGCCCCUGUUUCACCUGCUCUUUGGCAACCAGUUUGUCAGGUCCGAGGACUCUGCGAACGGAGACGUUUCGGAUGAGGCAAGUACGACCCUUGAGCCGGUGCCAGGCUGCACAAGGCCUGAUGGGAGUGCUCCGGCAGUCCAUGCUGCUUUCUACCUUUGGUAUGGCACUCCAGAGGUAGACGGCAAGUGGUUGCACUGGGAUCACAAGGUGCUGCCCCAUUGGGACAAGGAGGUGGAUGCAAAGUAUGAUAAGUUCAAUUGGAGUCCUCCAGAUGAGCCGCAUGCCACCUUCUAUCCUGAAAGGGGUCCAUACAGCUCACGCGACGAAUCCAUCCUCACGAGCCAGUUUGAGGACCUGGCGAAGGCAGGUGUGGACUCUGCCAUGUGCUCCUGGUGGGGACGAAAGGAUUGGACUGGCAAGCGUGAUGAUGCGGACUCAGGUGCCAACACGGAUGAACUCAUCCCAUCGGUGCUGCAGGCUGCAGAGCAAGCUGGCGUGUUUGUAUCGUUCCAUAUCGAGCCGUAUGGGGGGCGGUCCCCACAAACGUUCCUAGAUGAUCUUGCAUAUAUUGUCCGAGAAUACGGUCGCCAUCCAGCCAUCUGGCGCGAGGGUCCCAACAAGUUGCCGCUCUUUUGGCUUUACGAUGUUUCGGCCCAGCACUCAAUGCAAGAUGUGGCUGCCUGGAAGAUGGCGCUGGACUCUGUGCGAGAUACCGAGCUAGACGGCGUCUUCUUGUGCCUUUGGAUUGGAAAUGGCGGGGGUCGAGAAGAUCUUCGGUUUGUUCAAGAUGGAGGCUUUGAUGGCGCGUACACCUACUUUGCAGCCGAGGGGUUCACACCAGGCUCUAACACAAAGAGUUGGAAAGACACUGCUGCGCGACUGAAGAAGGUCGGGAAGCUUUUUGUGCCGUCAGUUGGACCUGGGUACGAUGACACGCGUGUGCGACCCUGGAACUCCCACAACAUCCGAGAAAGAAAGGGUGGAGAGUACUACAACCGAAUGUGGUCUGCAGCAGUGGGCAGUCGACCCCAUGCUGUCUCGGUGACCUCCUACAAUGAGUGGGGAGAGGGCACUCAGAUCGAGCCCGCCAAACGGCAUCGCUCUUGGAAAGGCGCCAAGUAUGGCAGCUACGAGCCCAAGCCGCCUCUCUCCCGGUCUUGUCCUUCUCGGGGACAGUACAGAGCAACUGCCAACGAUCUGAGGCCGCCCAGGCCCCCUCCUGACUACGAAUGGUCCCACAGCUGUGCUAGCUGCAACGCGAAUGCCAGGAAGAUCAAUGCAGUGAAGCGAAGGUGCUUUCAACUUGAGAAGACCGCCUCGCCUGUCUUCCUUUCAAUGCUGGAACAUGCCGCGAUCUGGAAGCAGGCCAUAUAUCGGUUUCAGUGGCGUAGGCUGCAAUUGUGGGCGACUGCGCUGAUGAGGAACAAGAAGCAAGGCAUCGCCUUCAACUACAACUCUGAACGCCGACGGGCACGUUCCAGGACGCCAAACCGCGCUGCAGGCGAGGAGAAGCGGAAGCAACAACGAGAAAAACGCAAGGCGUUGUUUGCAGCCCCGAAACGUGAUGAACCCAGACAGGAUCCGGGAGUUGAGGGAACAUCUGAUGAUGAACCCAGCAAUCUGGUUUCCGCGCCGAAAGACAAUGCCUGGGAAAGGACAUCCUGGGAGCAGAGCUCUUUCGAUACCUCUGCAGAAAAGGCGAAGUUCUUGCGCCUCAUGGGUGCCGAAAAGGACAAGGAGUCGUCGAGCGAGGCGCAGCCCAGCAAGGCUGUUCCCGGGCCUGCUCAGGAGUUGGAGCGGCAAUACUGGCAGGGAAUGCAAAAACAGCUCUACUCUCGAGGGCGGGGCUUAGGUUAA